AUGCCAUUUUAUGAGACAGAAGAUGCAACCACGCGCACAAGCCGCUCUUCCACACAGUUACCGCGAGAAAAACUCGCAGCGGAGGCACAGCAUAAGCGUCAUCUCGCUCAAUUGGAGAUGACCGCUAUGCGCGCACAGAUAGAACUCGAGCGCCAAGCUGCUGAGGCCGAACAUCAGGCUGAGCUAGAGGCAAUCGAGGCAGAGUAUAGUGAUCGCGGAUCACGUCGUAGUGAGAGGAGUCAUGCCGAUAUCGAGCAAUGGCUACGCAGUAUCGCUCCCUCUACCACAUCACAUCGUGACAGAGAGCCAUAUUUCGACAAAAAAAUUUUAAGGUCCGACAAUGAUGGACGUCGGGUAGGGACCAAUAAUCAUCUAUUUUUGUGUUCUCAGGAUACACCAAAGAAAAGAGAUGAUAAUUUACAAAGAUACAGUUUAAUGUCACACAAAAUACUUAUAUGUAAAUUGUAAUUAAUGUAUGAUGAUUAUGAGUCGCGGUUGAAUGAAGACUGACGUGCCAUGCCCUAGAUUUGGCACAGUAGCGUAAAAAAUGCAACGCUGCAAUUGUGCGGUUCAUUGUACCGUACAUAUUCCGGGGCGCGAGAUGAGAAGAUGCGGUGAAGUUAGUACAUGACGUGAUACAAGAUGAUUCAACAAUUUUGAUAGUUAGUAGAGGUGCUUGAUACAAACUGA